AUGGAGAAGGCCACAAUUGGCGCGUGCGCCAGACCUCGGCUCACCUUCAAGGUGGUGCUCCUGGGCACUGCCGGGGUGGGAAAGUCGGGUCUUCUGCAGAGGGCAAGGAACGGCGAGUGGCACAGCGCCAGCGAGCCAACCGUCGGCGCUGACUUCUGCCAGAAAGAUAUGAGCCAGCUCGUUCGGCUGCAGAUAUGGGACACUGGGGGACUUGAAAGGUACAGAAGCCUGACGCCCAUGUACUAUCGAGGCGCGCACGCGUGCCUACUGGUCUACGACGUUUCCAACCGCGACUCCUUCGCAGAUCUCGUUAGGUGGCUGGCCGAGGUCAGGGUCGGGUCGCCGGCUUCGAUCAUCGCAGUGGUGGCUGCGAAGUGUGACAUCCCAGCCAACGAGCAACUGGUAACAUCCACCGAAGCCGAAGCAUGGUGUGCUCAAGAAAAUCUACGGCACUAUCGCACCAGCGCAAAGAGCGGUGAGGGCGUAGACGAGAUGUUCGCCCAACUGGCCGAGGACCUGCCAUCCCAGACACCAGAGAAACUGGAGUUCCCCCCGCACGAGCGCCUGGCAUGCAUUCCCGCAUUCCCGACCGAUCGAACGGAAUGUCUUAUAAACCCCUGUAACGAAAACGCCUGCUCCAUCAUGGGGCCGCCACCUUCGCACAUCUCGCGCCUCUACGCCAGCAGACACCUCUAG